CAACUUAUUAUGUUUAUUAAAGCAGCGCUCAUCUUGUGCAGAACAGCUUUGCAAGGCUCCGAUAUAUUUCAGGUAAGGAGUACGUGCUCUUAUGGUCUUUGAAGAAUUAUCUAAGCUAUAGAAUUCAAAAUAACACUAGUGAGGCCUUUGUGAAGUUCUAAACGUUGGCACUAGACGGCGCUGACGAAAACGCGAGUUAAUUCUGAGAAAUUUACAUUUAUUGAUGUACGAAAUAUUUAAUUUGUUAUGGCUUAGUUCAGUCCUUUAAAGUGUAUGGUCUGCGGUAAAUUAUUUGAGCCCAGUAGCUGGUCAUGCAGUAAACUAAAAGUUUUAGGGCCUAGGGUUUUCUAACAAUACUUUGCAUCUUGAAUUCUCAUCCUCAAACUUUUUAAUGCAACUUAUCCUCGUGGACUUUCAGGGCACCCUGUCGCUGUUAAAAAUCCAGCUACAAUGUCUGAAUGAUACAUAAGACUAUAAAUAAUAUAUCUUUGCGGGAAUUUUUAUUCUGUGAUUCACUUUCAGGGUGUGCAGAUUCGAUAGUUUUUUAUUUGAAGGGAUUAUGGCUUAGUUGUACCAACGCGGCCCACCGACUACAAUUAUCCAAACAGGCGCGUUUUCAUGUACAAAUUGCAAACACUUUAGGCUAUGAAUCGAAAUCACCCAUUAUAUUUUAGCAAUGCAUGUAUAUUGAAUUCAAAUGCCUGUGUGGAAAUCAGCUGCCAACGGUAGAUCUAGAGCUUUCAUUAAACUCAAAACUCGUAUAUACUGUUCAGUGGUAAUCUGAUAAUCAACUAAUACAUCUAUUUUGGGCAAUAAGACGGCAUUGUUCUUGCUUAGGGAACCUAAUACAGACUGCUAAUUAAUUUUUUAAACGACUGCAAGACAGAAUCAUCAUUUUUUAGCCGCGAGGUUACAAAUGCUCGCUUCUUAGGAAAUCACUCGUCAGUCUAUUAAGACGACAGAUCAGGUGAUGUCAAUAGAAAAUAAGUCUAUCUCGAUAUAUAUAUAAAUAUUAGGUAAAAUUUAAAUAUAUUAGGUAAAAAACAAAUCUGUUUUCCCAGUGGAAAUGUAUUGUUUUUGUCAUUGUUUUCUCUAUCCAAGAACUGAAUGCACAAUGUGCUACGGAGCUGUGCGGAAAUUUCACCAUAUAUUAGAUCAUGAGAGAGAGCAAAGUCUUGCAUCGGAAUUUUCCAAUCACGUGUAGUGUGCCUUUGUGCAUAAUUAUAUACAACUUGCUGUAAACAAUUGUUUUGUCGCAGGGAAUACUUCUCAGUGCGGUCCGUCUAAAAUGAUGUCAAUUAAAGCUUUGGGAUUUCGGACUAUGAAGUUUAAAAAAUCGUUUUUUUGUUUAUCUGAUCUAAUAAUACUUGUUUGCACAUGAAUGUAAAAUAAAUUGAUUCUAAAACGUGCAUGAAAAUCUUAGAUGCACGCUUUCCUAAUCGUUCGUUUUUAUGGUUCACUUCAAAUUUACGAAAGGAGCUGUCAAGUAGGGAGAUAUCGGUGAAAUAAAAAAGGGACAUGGAGGUUAUUUUUCUGAGCAAAACCACAUUGAAAGAGGAAAAGUGAUCUACGAGCCUGGAUUUAAAAUAAGUGGAAGUCUGGCUUAGUAAUCUCGGAUCAAUGUCCGUGGCCAAGUAAGUACGCAGCCACCCCUCCCUCUCCAACCCAUCAACAGUUAGUUGUUAACAACUCAGGGUUGAUGUUAGGUUAGGGGAGGGGUAGGUGCACAGUUAGAUACUGACAUUAACCCUUUAACUCCCAUGAUCUCAUUAGUAAUUCUCCUUACUGUCUGCCAAAUGAUUCUCAUUAUGUUAGUUUGGAGAAUUGGGUAUCGGAUCAAUUUGUAAUCCCAUAAUGGAUUUAUUUCUUAUUCUCAUCACCUGUUUGCAUGAUAUUGUAUAGAUAUAGUAAGGAGAUAUUCUGUCUUGGUCACUCACGGGAGUUAAAGGGUUAAUCUGUUGCCUCAAUUUUUAUUCACGACUGUGAGUAUCCACCUAGAAAAAUGAAUUAUAUCCGCUAAUCCAACCCUAAUAUACGACUAUCCUGUUGUUAAGAUUUCAUAGGAAACACUGAAACCAUGUUUCGGCCACGCCAGAAAAGAACCGCUCAAAAAGCCGUUGGCUCCGGAGGAAAGAAGCCUCGACUGUCCAAGGCCCCUAUGUACACUCCGCGGCGAGAAGUUCUGUACCGUGGAGGUAAUAAAAAAGGCAAACAUGACCAUUGGGCAGCCCUGGGAGCCUGGUUCCUAGGGCCCAAAGCGGAAAAUGGAGAUGUGUUUAGAGACCUUUUGACGGGAGCUGUCGACCACCAUAUCGCAUUUCGUCACAAGUGAGUUCUUCAAAAGAAAGAGAAAUUAAAAUAGGGUUCCAUUAUUCUCUCUUGAAAGCCAUUACUUCUCGUUUAUCAUCCCUUCCUACGGAAUUUUUGCCACCUGCAGAGAAAACGCUUUAACAGGCAAUUUGAGUAACAGCAUGAAACAUUCUAUGCAUGGACGAGGUUUGUUGUUACCUCAAGGGCAAUAUACACAUAAAUUCCAUUAAGCACGAAAUAGGGUCUGUUCAAUUCCUUGACUGCAUUUGUUCAAGAAGCAGACAAUUCUUUAACCAUGAAAGUGAACAAAUACCUUAUUCAAUUGCUUAGUCGUUCAAGUUCAGUCAAAAGUGACCAAGUUUGCAUUUUGAUACUCAAGCUAUUUCCCCUGUGAUCCACCGUAUGUGACGGAUGAGCUCCGAGAGGCUGCAUCUUUUAAAAAUUCCAUGGAACAUUUGAAGACAGAAGUGGACAACUUGCAGAAAGACCUGGAGAAAUCUGUGCCAUUUUUUAGCUCUAGAUACAAGGUAUUUUUUCCUCCAUGUAAUUGUUCGCCUCAUCCUGAUUGUGUUUGAGGAUAUCCUUCUUGCUUACGUUCUCAUAAACACCAGCCUCUCAGUUUCGUAACUUGGCGGCCAAGUAUCAUUCGAUCGGCUUUCUCAGGUGCCACCCUUUCUUCAAUCAUAAAUAAAAUGUUGAUAUGUAGGUACAGUUAGACGACAAAUUGGUCAUGGCAUGUACCCAAGGUUCCGCUUGUUAUUAGCAAGACACUAUGUUACUUAAUUACCCUGUUAUACUCUCCCACCGAUGCAGCACCACAGUUCCUUCAGAAAGCUACCUUCCCCCCCCCCCCUACUCUAUGGGUUUGGUUAACCAAAUGAACAAAGUGCUAUACAGCACUUUAUAAGUCAGCUUAUAUAUUUCUUUUGUCUCCAGGGACACGUUCUUUGGGAGACAGCCAUGCCAGCUAACCUUGGCUAUAUGACUGCCAUGUUGUUUAACCAGAACAACUGUGCAGCAGAGGCAUCGACUGUUACCACAAAGUUCGAGGUGGAAGUUGGGAAGGAUUUGUGUAUCAUGAUGGGAUAUGAUGGCGAUAAAGCCAUGGGUCACCUCACUGCUGGUGGGUCUGUGGCCAACAUUGAAGCAAUUUGGGCUGGAAGAAAUGUCAAAUACUUUCCAUUAGGAUUGCAGGAGGCUUUGCUGAAGGAAGAAAAACUUGCUGCUGCUAAAGGUUAUAAGGUGAAUAUACUUAAGGGAAAAGACUUUAAUAACCUUCAAAACGAAAUUGGCGUCAGCUACUGUGUUUUAUAGCGCUGUCAUUCAGCUUUUGUAAGGUGGACUCGUUCAAAACGUAAUUCUCAUUUAUAUCAACGGAUAAGAUUUUCAUGGGAACAUUAAAUCCUUUCCUCAGGUAGAUCUACUGAUUACUUUUGCGUAAUCGAAGUGGUUAAUAUAUCUAAUGAUUUCAAUUAUUUUUAUUAUUAUCAUAGUCACUACCAUCAUUACUUUUGUUAAAAGACUGCUUGGAAGAUAGCCAUGCUUGAUAGCUUGAUGGCUUGAUUUUCUCAAGUUUCAAACAACCCGAUCUAAAAUUCUGUGCAGACAAAAGCCAAUUCCAUGCUGGAAAACGUUUGGCCCGCUUUAAAGGAUAUGUUUAACAGUUUUCUACUGAAAAAAAGGAAAACAAUUCUCAGCUAUACCUUUCAUGCUUAAUUCCUGAUUAGAUAACCUUUCCUCAAAGAGGAGGAGAAAAAGGAGAACUUCAGAGUGCUUCCCAAUGGGAACUCCUCAAUCUUGACGUCGACACCAUUCUAAGAAUGCCAAAAGACGUGGAAGAUUUAACUGGUCUCCAUCAUCAAGAGUUCAUGGGCGUCAUGGGCCAGUAUCUCUAUGAAUCUGUUGGAGCGCAAGAGUUUGCUCGCCGCCACAUGUUGACAGAGAGUCCUUGUGUGAUUGUACCAAGCACAGCACACAUAUCCCUUACCAAAGCAGUUACAAUUCUAGGACUGGGACGAGAGAGCCUCGUCACUGUGGCAGUUGACGAAGAUGCUCGGAUGGAACCAAAGGGUUUGUUCAUUAUGAUGCUCGAUAUAACUUUGAGGUUUGAGUGUAAGAGAACGACAAAGUAGACAAGGUAAAGAAAAAAUGAGCACGAAAACCUACUUGGCUUAACUUUCACUGUUUGCGCUACAAAAGUCUAAAGCCGUGCUUAUUAAUAUUUGAUCCAAAACCCUUUCUGGAAGAGGAAGGAAUGUAGGCCGAUAGACCCAAUCCGGCUACUUUGAACUGUUUCACUGACGUCCACGACUUAAAAUUUACUUAUAGCAUUCGAAUGAAUCUCACCUUGCACGUGCUGUCGUUUUUCAGAUCUGGAAAGAAUUUUGCAGGAAAAACUAAAAAACGAGAUUCCGGUGAUUACAGUUGUGUCUGUUAUGGGUACAACAGAAGAGAGCGCGGUGGAUCCACUCGCAGCGAUUUUGGAACUUCGAGAAAAGUUUAGAGCUAAGGUACAUCUAACUGAACAGAAUGAACCUUUUCUGUAGUAGAACCCCGCUAAUUCAAAUUCGAACUCUCAGGGGAAACAAAAAAGAGUUCGAUUUGCCUGAAUAAGUAGUAAAUAACUGAAAACGGGGUUUCUGUGCAAGUAACCGGGGUUCUACUGUAGUUCUGCCCAUAUUUUGAGCCUGAAACUGGAGCCUUUCUCAAAUUUAAACAUGAUUGAACGAUUUUUCUUAAAUUCGGAAUUACGUAAGUGCAGUUGUGGAGCAGGUUGGCUUGGGAUAAUGCUGUCGUCAGGCCAAGGACUCCAGAGGAGCGGAUCAUGUUUGUUCUUACUUAAACGUACUUCAAAUGACUAACUUACGAAUUUAUUCGCACUUAAAACCGCUCUUAGGUCAGGUUGCAAUUAUGUUUUUUCUCCGGCCUCACGUAUCCUUACUUCUUCUUAAAAUCUAAGACGAAAGGUUAAACCUCAAUGUUAUCUCACAUUACAAUCACGAUGCUGGGGCGCCAAGCUAUUUCAUUCACUCUUCUUUAUCGUCAUACAGGGCCUUUGCUUCAGCUUGCACGCGGACGGGGCUUGGGGAGGAUACUUCUGUAGCAUGUUACGAGAUCCUAAGAGUAAUCUUGUAACCGCUGGUAGCGAGGGAUUUGUUCCCGAGUUGUGGCUAAGUCCAUAUGUUAAAGAGCAGUUGUCAGCCAUGGACCAGUGCGAUACCAUCACUAUUGACCCACACAAAUCUGGCUUCUGUCCUUACCCCGCUGGAGCAUUAUGCUACAGAGACAAGUUGAUGAACACCUUUCUUCAGAUCACCACCACUGUUGUGUAUUAUCAUGGAGACAUGACACUUGGAGACAUCGGCAUCGAAGGAUCCAAACCAGGAGCUGCUGCCGCUGGGGUCAUGUUGGCAAACAGGGUGAGAGUUCACUCGUCGUUUAUCACGUCGGAGGGGGGGAAGGGGAAGAUGAUUUUUUUUUAUGGGGAAGGAUCAUAUGGCUUCCAGGGAGAACGGUGAGGGGAUCAGGAUCAACACAGAGUAUAAAAGGGAGGAACUAUAGAAAAUUCACGGCAUGAGAUGGGGGGUGAUUAUAAGGAUGUUACAGGGGAUAAGGUAAAUUUUAUUGUUACAUAAACACGAAACAAAACCUCUUCUCCCCCCCCACCAGCCCAAAGUAAGGAAUAAUGAUAACCAGUCCUUAGAUACAAACCUGCCCUUCCUCUAGCUUUCCAAAUAAAAUAUUCCUCAAUUCUUAAAAAAAAAAAAAAAAAAAAAAAAAAAAAAAAAAAAAGACGGACACUGUCGGGGAUAUUCCGGCAUGGAUCUGAACUACAAUUGAGGUUUUUCACUGCAAUAAGUAUAUGUACUAUAUUAAUUUGACCAGUAGUUCUAUACCAAAUGUGAUGAAUAGAUCCUCUCUAACAAAUUGCGGUUUAAGCGACUGCAUUCUAGAAAAAAAAUUUAGACUUCGAACUAAUUCUAUAGAGUCGGAUUAGGAAACCGUGCCUUCCUGAUUGUGAGUUGGCACCUCAACCAACUAAGCUACGAAGUCACUUGUUGGGAGAAAGACAAUUUUUGCUUUCAGAUUAUUUGUCUUAGUUCCACGCUGGUCAUAAAUGAUCCCAAAAUAAUCCUCAUUUAAUUGAGUGACAAGAAUAUUUUUCAUUCAAUCCUUAAAAUCAUAUAAUGUUCCAAGAUUUUUAAGCAAUUUGAAGACGCAGAAGUUGUGUUGUUGGUAUGUAAUUGUUUGCUUCGUAUGUGAUCAUAUGUAGGUCAUCGGUCUCGACAAGAAUGGCUACGGUCGUAUCCUAGCUGAAUGUAUGUUUACUGCCAAGAUCAUGUACUGCCUGUGGGUAACACUAGCUCAGGACGAUGACACCUUUGUCUUGGAAACGACGAAAUCGCUUCCAAAAAAAUACAAAAAGAUGUCAGAAAAGCAGCAAAAGGAGUUUAUUAGAGAGAGGAUUCUGGGGAAAAGCAACGAAGAACUCGUUAAGGUAUUUUUUUUUAAUGAUCCACGUACAGAGUCACGUAUUUUUCUGAUUAGGAAUUUACUGAAUCGGGCCGGAAGAAUGAGUUCACCUGACAUUACCUCUGUCAUGUCGGAAGAGAAUAUCAGUCAAGUGAGGGUUUUAACUUUUUUUGAAUGAAAAUUAUUCAGGAGGCGUGGAGUACUUUGCGAAUUUCAAUUAAUUGCUCAAAGAUUGUCUGUAUCGUAUCUUGAUAUCUAACAAGAAAACAAUUCUGGCUAUAAAAUAACCUGCUGCCUCUUUAACUUACAGGAUGAAGAAGCUAUGGAGUAUCUCCUGGAAGUUGGUCCUGACACCAUGAUACCGUGUUUUUCUGUCAACUUGAAAGGAAACAGAAGUGUUGAAAAGUGCAAUGAGAUCAACUUGGCACUAUUCCAGGACCUGUCUCACACAUCUAGCGAGCAGACCGCGCGUCGAGUUCCAAUGAUUGUGACAGCAUCAAGUUUGGUUCCCCAUAAACACAGUGCUGCUGUUCCGAAUUUCAAGAAAAGAUUAGGGGUAGGAAUCAUGGGGCUAUAUAUGGGGGUUAAGAUACAUAAUGACAAAUGUCUUUAAGGGCCGAUGAUAAUCCAGGGUUAUUACCAUCGCUUUUCUGUGCUUAGCGCAUACAACUGCAGCCGUGUGAUUCUCUGUUACAGCACUUGUCGAUGGAGUAGAGGAAUAUAAGAUAUCAAACGGAGCCAAUAACAACUCUGAGUAAAAAUCGAACUUAAUGAAGUGUGGAAGAACACGAUUAACCAAGACGCGAUAGGUUUAAUUGUGAUUGGUCCAGAGCAUGGCGCGAAUUUUCUUGACCAAUCGCGGCGUGAAGUCAAGACGAAUGCAACUUGGAUUUCAGGUUGCUUUUAAUCUUUUCUUCGUUCACGGCAAUAUAUCUUUAUCAUUUCUUUUGAAAUUUAGUUGGAGCACGACAAUGACACACCUGUCAAAUACAUCAUCACAACCUGCAUGGAUCCAUGGGCCACGUCCACAGAAUUCUUAGACGACAUGGGUGACAUUUUGAGGAAUGCAAUCCUUAACGCAAUUGGAACGGUGAGGAAGUAUCAUAUCUUGUUUCUUGGGUGGGAGCGGGAAUGGAAACGCUUUUUGUCAGUUAAGUUAGCUCUUGUCCUUAUCUUUAAUACCUCUUUUUCAGUGCACCGAUGCCAAAGUUCUCCACAACUUUGUCACCACAGGAGUUGUCAAUCAGGAGAACGAAGUGAUCGCAUCUUACAUCGGAGACUUCAACAAUGUUUCCAAGCAGUAUGACAACGCGGUGAAACUGAAGUUCCUCCACGACAAAGACGCCGAAAAGUAUAUUUCCAUGCAAGAAAAACUGCUUAAGGCCAGCUGUGAGCCUCAGCCAAUUGUGUUUAGAAGCAAAAGACAAAGGUUCCACGAAAUUUUCUUUGAAGAGUCCGAGUACGCUGGUGAAAAGGAAAAGUUUGAUUGCUUCGUUGGUAUGCCUUCUGAUCAUGACAAGAAUCCAUUCAUGUCUGUAAAGAUGAAGAUCAUUGAUGUUCCACGUUACGAGCACUUUGACAAGGGCGAUUACCCAGAUCACGCUAACUACUUCAUGUAUGGCGACAAGAAGAGUGUGUUCCUGUUUCACAUUCCGACCAAAAGUCCAGAUUUCUUUCAGGUAAAUGACUUUUUUGGUUUAGCUAACUAAAGAAAGUCUCAUAUACAGACGAUUUCUUCUCAGAGAUUAAAAUUUACAUGGUAACCGCUACAAGAAAGUGUUUUAUCAACAUUUCUGACAACCACUGUCAUCAACUUCAAGUAAGAAAAGGAGCUCAGCUAAAUUUAGUUGAUUAGGGGGGUAUGGUUUCAAAUUUCCCCACCUCAACGUGGAGUGGCUUUCGCGCGGGCUCAUAUAUUCACGCGGGGGAGACAAACCGGAAAAUUACAGAGUGUCUAACAUCGGAAAAGGUUUAGGAUUCUUGUUUUUUCACCACUUGAAUCACUACCUUACAGGGGAGAGGGGUAAGACGCUCACCCCUGGCCUCCCUGGUUACGACCCUGCACAAGAGUUUUUGUUCACUAAAUGAGUCCGCAUACAGCCAAAUGCCAUUUUCCUACUCCUUGAACAGCAUGUUAUUUAUUCCACAUUUUUCUCUGCCAAGUGACGUUUUUCCAUUUAUGCCUCUGGUUUAAGAUGAUCCUAGUGAUAGUGCACCGUCUUGCCCCAGGACACAAUAUUUUAAAGAUAAUUCUCUCCGUUCAAUCUUAAAAGGUGGUUCAGCUUGAUGGCAUCCCUGAUAAUGUUGGCACGGAGAAGGUGGUGGACUUGUUGCUCAGAUAUGGAACCGUGGUGGAGAUUCCGAGCAUCUCUGGUUCACCAAAGAUCGAGAGUGGAGAGGUUCAAGACCCCUUGACCAAGAACAAGUUCGACAUCUCCUUCGUGGGAAUCGAUGGUGCGGAAGUCGCGUCCGAAGUGAAAAUAGCAAGGAAAAUCUGGUUUUCUGGAACUACCGUGUAAUGGUUAGACGUUAAAUGGGACUUCGUAUGGUUCACAGACUGUGAAAUUUCCUCAAAUUUUAUCUUUGUAAACACGAAAGUCCUUUUGUAAAAGUUCACUUUUCUUUGUGAGGUAUCCCUGCUGAUGUGUAAAUUCAGUUUUGCAAAAGUCUCCGAUCUACCACUCACUGACCAAACUGGGUGGCGAUAAGGUAAUACUUAAACGUUCGGUAUAAGUAUUCCCUGCCACCAUAAUGUAAGAGUUCACUUUUCCUUUAGCAUUUACUUAAACCCAACACUGUUAUAUUGCUUGUUCUUUCCUUGAUGUCAGGUCGGAAAAUAAAAUCUGUGCAGAACUACAUGGUCU